UUUAAGAGGGAGGGGUGGAACUGACAGGGGGCGAGGCUGUCAGAGAAAAGGGAAAUGAAGUAGUAAGCAAGAUUGUGCCUGCAACACAAAUACGUUUACAGUGCAGCAGACAGAAAAAGAACACAGGCAUGGUUGGACGCAAACUGGAGGAGAGAUCAAGGAGAAAGUGAGAAAACAACAAGCCAUCAGCAGCCAGCCUCGGCCACCUUAUCUUUUCCAUCUACUAUAUGCGGAAACCACUGGAUAAUUCAUAAGCCUCUCUCUCUUGUUCGGUCUGAGUGUGUAUGUGUAUGUGAGAGGGGAUUUGCUGAGCUCACCACCACCACCAUGCUGUGUUCUGCUGCUGUCAGUGCAGCUGCUGCUGCUGUCUGGCUGCUGGCGAUGCUGGGCCCAGGCCUGUCUCUUCCAGCUGAGAACAACUCCGGGCAGGGCUUCAGUCUUUGCAGCCACUGCUUCUACAGACAGACGCCUCCUCAGGGAGUCUCUGCACGGUCACUGCUGCGCUCAUUCUGCCACAGACUGCCUGGGGGACAGGCGUUUGCUACUCUGUCCAAACCGACCUGUGACACAGCUGUCUACUCUGCCUUCCAUCUCAGCCAUGGAUGGACAGAGAAGAAGGGAGAGGAGGGCAAAGAGCUUGUGACAGAGGAAGAAGAACACAACAUUAAAGUAGCAGUACCAGCCCUACUCAGAGGAGGUAUGAAUCCUUCUCAUGCUCCCUCACCCACAGACCCCCCGCUUCAACACUGGGACUCAACAGUCUCAACACUGGUCCAGUCAAGCAUCACUCCCCAGUGCAGCACUUUGGGGGGGGAUCUCUACAUCCUGACCGGGGUAGGAGGAUUCGGGGCUUCUGAGGAUGAAGACAAAGAGUGUCAGACAAAACCUCUGUGGUCUGCAAUGUGCUGCGCUGUCCCAGAUGGGAAGAGUGGCUUUAGCAUGGGGUUAAUCAGAGAAACAGGACAAGAGGAGAGGCACGUGAGUGUGAAGGAGCUAGAAGAGAUGCUGGGAGUGUCGGAGCUGUUCUCAGAAGGCUGUGGAGGAGCAGAGGAGGAGACUGUUGGAAUCAGAGUGGAUCUUCAAAGUGAGGGGCUCCCUGGAAACAUACAAAAGCUUGAUGCAGAUCUUACUGGUGAAAACACAGAUUCAAACACUGCUGCUCAAGUCAGUGAAGAGCGGGUGGUUGGUGAGUCCUCAGCUGACUAUGAAGCUGUGGAUGAACAAGAGACAGAGACCAAUUCCAGCAGCACUCUGGUCUACGUCCUCUCCACCACCAUGUCUAUCCUUACAGCUCCGCUGCAGCCUGUGUUCUCCAGAGUCACACAGUUACCUGGACAGGUGACAUAUGUUCUUCAAGAAGACCUUGGGGUUCUGUCUGCCCUGCCCGGAGAAACCUACUCCCUGCUCCACCUCUUGACCUCUGACCUUUUGUCUUGGAUGGGCUUAGCUGGAGAAACAUUACAGGGUAUCGGGGAAAACUGCUUCGCCAGUGUCUACUACGGCUCGUCCUCAAUGCUGGGGGCCCUGCUGAACAGCUGUGAAACUGGGGUAACUGGCAUGGGGACCCUGGCCGGAGACACAAUGGGGAUAUUUUGUGAUGCGUUGGAUAAUGCUUGGUGGGUGACCAAGUUCUUUGGAGGGCGGCUGUGGGAGCAGAUUGAAUGUUACAUAGGAACAGUGUUGUUAGAGAUGGGAGGUCAGGUGAAAGCUGUAGGUAGAGGGGUGGAAAUGCUGGCGUUUAGAAGUGGAAAUGGGGUGGGUAAUGUGUUCAAGCUGGGAGGGGGUAUAAUAACGGGGAUGAUGGGUAUGGUCAUUGGUGAUGUAAAAGAAGCUUUUGGGCAGGAGUCAGAUUGAAAAGGGAAGGGAAAGUCCACAUGACGCCAUUAGUAACAAACCUUUUUGAAUUUUUUUUCUAUUUUAGGUUUGUCAAUUUCUUUGAGUAAGAGUGUGAUGAAGGGGGCACUAUUUCAGUUUGAUGUCAUUUGAUAUGCGGUUAAAAUAAAGGGAUAGCCAUACGUUUUUCAAACAAAUGUAGUGAAUCACUGAUGUCUAAUACUGCAGGUCUCACACUUCACUGUGACUAGUUCUCCAAAUAAUCUGCUGCUGGUACAAGUGACCCAACUAGGAAUUAAAAACACUGUGCACUAGGCUUUUGGGUGUAAUUAUUCAAAACAAUUAUUGUAUGAUAAAUGUUAUGAUAAAGGUUUGCUUACACGUACAUUACAAUAAAAGAGAAUGCUGGCAUAU